AUGGGAAGUGUCAAAAAACCAUCCAUCCAUUAUCUGGUAUCGACAACACAAGGUAAAACGCGCCGCGCUAUCAAGUAUCAAACACUAAUCCACUAUCGAAAACAAAGGGGGAAAUCCCCGGGUUCGCGUCCUAUGUCGGGAUUGGCCUCGCCCAAGCACGGCAAAAUGACACUUCUUAUGCCGGAUCCAGCGCGUCGUCAUCAGGUGCCAUUACAUCUUUCUCGUCACAUGUGUGGCACGAGGCAAAGCUCAUCUGUGCCAAGCGAGCAAGCGUUUGUGUCUGUCUCCGGCAACUUAAGCUGCAGGUGUGACUUUGUGCCCAGGAAGCUUGCGAAUGCCAGGGACAGCCGGUCUCAGGGCCCGUUGGCCCGCUGUUGUGUUCAGAAGCUUGGGCAGCGGAGCCCGCUAAUCCGUUGUUACUGGGCCGCGAUGACCUGUGUUGAAAGCCGGCCCCGGCACCAAAAUGCCGGGGAAGCUUCGGCGCGCGCUCACAGGACUUUGAUUUUCCGGUUGUUGUACAUGUGCGCCUGGUGUUUUUCUUUUUUUACGCUGCGCUGCGGCAGCUCAACCCGGAAACCAACACCAGCGACCAAACGCUUGGCAGAAAAUAUCUCUUUUGUCCACCACUACCGCACUCGGCUUGAUACCGAUAUCAACGUCAAUAUCAACACCGAAUUGCGACCAAGAAAGCAUUUCUCGAUUGUGGUCAUCCCAUGA